AUGUCGCAAUUGAAGAAUUUCGGAGGGCUUUUUCGCCUCGACGGGAAAGUGGCCGUCAUUACCGGAGGUUCGAGAGGGAUCGGCCUCCAUACCGCUACGGCCUUUCUGCAAGCCGGCGCAGCACGGGUGAUUCUUGUUGCGAGGAAGAUGGAGGGUCCGCAAGGCCUGUCGUCGGCACUGGAAGCGCUCCAUGCCACCAUCCCAGACUCCCGAGGCCGCGUUGUUGCCAUCCCUUGCGAUCUGUCCCAAUUCUCCGAGGUACAGCGACUCGCGAAGGAGAUCGGUGCAAUCGUGCCCAAGAUUCACAUUCUGGUGGCCAAUGCCGGCGCGACCUGGGGCGGACCUCUCGACACCACCCCGGACGCAUCCAUCACCAAGGUGCUAGACCUCAACGUCCGAAGCAUCAUUAAUCUAGCACGUCUAUUGUCUCCUCUUCUCAUCAAAGGGGGAUGCCCCGAGGACCCUGCGCGGAUCAUCAUCGUCGGUGCAAUAGCAGGCUUCACCGUCCCUUUUACCGGCGAGAACAGUACCCUUGUGUACUCGGUAUCCAAAGCGGCAGCCCAUCACCUUGCGCGGAAUUUGGCCAUGGAGUACGGCCCGCGAAACGUCGCUUGCAAUUGCGUGGCGCCCGGCUUUUUCCCCACGAAGCUGUCAAAUGGGCUUAUCGACAUAGUCGGGGGCGUGGACGCAAUGGCCGCCUCCAAUCCCCUGAAGAGGAUUGGCAGGCCAGAAGAUAUCGCGGGAACCAUGGUUUUUCUCUGCAGUCAAGCCGGCUCUUUCGUCAAUGGGGUCGUUCUCCCCCUGGACGGAGGCAACUUUCUACAAACCGGGUUGUUUACGAAACUAUAA